AUGACGUCACGCAGGACCGGAAGAGGUGGGUGAGGAGCGAAGGUCCGACCUACAGCAAAACAGCAGUAGUAAAUAAUAAUGCUAAAAGUGCAACAACAACAAACAAAGUAGGUCUUGUGUGCGCUCAGUAGAUUGACACGGUUUAACGCCACAGCUGGAUUUAUCCCAGAAAGACAGCCGAGCAGGCAGCCGUGUCUGCUUUUAAAGGCAGGCUUGGAGCGGAGUUGGACCAGAUAAGCAGCACCGACGCGGGACUAUAGCAGGGCGAGGGGGGUGUGUGCUAUACACUUUUAACAGAUCCCGAUUGCCCUUAGCUUCCGAGCUUUGUGUUUUUCACACCUCCACCCGAUCUGUUAGUAGUUUUUUUGGGGAAACACAUGUCCUUCUUCGCUUUCUCAAGGUUCCAGAAUUGAAAACGCAGAGACUUUAAAUCGCGAUCUUAAAGUCGGGUGUUAAACUUCACCAUAAGGCUGUAAACCUGUAUGGAGAGCACCGACACAUGAACCCUGUCCAACAGCAGUGUCAUAGUAUCUUUGCUAGGUAAUUUUGUUUUAAAAGCGACAUUAUUGUCCGUUUUCUGCCGCGAUGCCCCUGUUGUUCUUGGAGAGGUUUCCUUGGCCCAGUCUGCAGACCUACACAGCCCUUAGCGUGGUGCUGCUCGCCGGUAGUAUCCUGAGCGCAUAUACCGCUGUGAAGGACUUGGCAGUGGACAGUCCGAUGGCCGAUGACCGGCCGCUCAGCCUUGAAGGAGAUGAAGAGCAUGGAUUUCGGGGUCCUGCCCAAGCCACAGACGUGCUGCAGUAUCUAGCUAAGGAUAGCCUUUUAGUGUGGGUGCUCGUGAACACAGCUUGCUGUUUGCUGAUGUUGGUCGCCAAGAUGAUUCAGUGGAUGGUGUUUGGACCUCUCAGAGUCAGCGAAAAGCAGCAUCUGAAGGACAAGUUCUGGAACUUUAUUUUUUACAAAUUUAUCUUCAUCUUUGGGGUACUGAAUGUGCAGAACCUGGAGGAAGUAAUUUCAUGGUGCCUGUGGUUUUCCGUCCUCGUCUUCCUACACUUGAUGGUCCAGCUCUGCAAGGAUCGUUUUGAAUACCUCUCCUUCUCGCCCACCACCCCGAUGGGCAGCCAUGGACGUGUGCUCUCCUUGUUGGUAGCCAUGCUGGUGUCCUGCUGCGGAAUGGCCGUUCUCUGUGGCUUGCGGGAGCACCCCCACGGACUGCACAGUGUGGCCUUCAUGGCCGCUGAGUGUCUGCUGGUUACCAUUUGCACCGGACAUGUCAUAAUGAGGUACACCAUUCACCUGUGGGAUCUGAACCAUGUGGGCACUUGGGAGAGCAAAGGUACCUAUGUGUAUUACACUGACUUCAUCAUGGAGCUGGCCCUUCUUUCGCUGGACCUGAUUCAUCACAUCCACAUGCUGCUCUUUGGCAACAUUUGGCUGUCAAUGGCCAGCUUGGUGAUCUUCAUGCAGCUCCGCUACCUGUUCCACGAAGUGCAGCGACGCAUCCAACGUCACAGGAACUAUCUGCGUGUCAUCGACAGCAUGGAGGCCAGGUUUGCAGUGGCCACCCCAGAGGAGCUGGCAGACAAUGACGACGACUGCGCCAUCUGCUGGGACUCCAUGCAGGCGGCACGCAAGCUGCCCUGCGGCCAUCUGUUCCACAACUCCUGCCUGCGUUCCUGGCUGGAGCAGGACACGUCCUGUCCCACCUGUCGCAUAUCAUUGAGCAUCACUGAAGGUGGCCAGAUGCGGGAUGGCCAGCAGGGGGAGCCUCUCAACGACGGCAUGGCCGCCGUGGCUGGGGCGGACGCUCACCCACACCACAAUCAUCACAACCACUUCUUCCACUUUGACGGUUCUCGCAUUGCCAGUUGGCUGCCUAGUUUCUCAGUAGAAGUUAUGCACACCACCAGCAUCCUGGGAACGACACGGGUCAAUAACUCUCAGCUCAAUGCCAUGGCUCAUCAGAUCCACGAGAUGUUUCCCCAGGUGCCCUACCACCUGGUAAUGCAGGACCUGCAGCUCACACGCUCCAUAGAACUCACCACUGACAACAUUCUGGAGGGACGUAUCCAAGGGGCCUUUACCGCACAGGAAAGCCGAGCCUCAGAGGAGUCGACAGGGGCCAGAGGUGGGAGGGAGGAGGCGCCGUCUGCGGAGGCAAGGGGAGGCCGCUUUUCGAAGUCGGCAGUGGAGAGGCAGAGAAUGCUGCUGCAGAGGAAGGAGGAGCUGCUGCAGCGAGCGCGCAGGCGGUAUCUGAAUAAGACCCCAGAGGAAAGAGAUGAGGAUGGCCUGGAGGAUGAUGCUGUCUCCCCAGACCCUGUGGUGCUGCGUCGCCGGAUGCUAGCAGCAGCUGCAGAGAGCAGGCGCCCCUGGCCCCCAGACGAGGACCAGGACCAGGACCAGGACCUGUCCCAGUGAGGCUGGCCCAGAAGCCUGUCGUACUUCACUUUCACACCAGCAGUGAUCUUUUAGCCUCUUUCUGUGGGGAGACUCCUCCCCUUUAGAAUUAUGGGGCUUAAUCCAACAGAUACUGAGACAAAAUCUUAAAUUAUGAAAGUGAUUUCAGGUGUUUAACAAAGUGUAGAGAAGAUUCUCUGCCAUUAACUUUAAGCUGAACCUGUUAGAGCAUAGAACUGGUACUUCAGAGCCAUACAGAACACCUUUCUUAUCAAACCUAAACUCUAAUUCCAACAUUCAAAAUACUGAAAAGCUGAAUGGGUUUUCUACAGGAGUUGUGCUAGACACACAAAUGUGUUAUAUUUUGCUAAGCUGUGACAUUGCUGUGCUGCUGUAGCAAGAAAAUCUUAAAGUGACUGGAGUAUGUAAAAGACUUAAAAGCUUUAAUUAAUCUCAUCCCAGGCAAUGCGUGGAUGUAAAUGAAGAGUAUGAGCAGGGCUUGUAUUGCUUAUAGGUUUCUGAAGAAUUGUUUUAGCUGUUACCUACCUCUGUGUGGUUGGUGGAGUGAGACACAUGAUGACUGUACUCUGGUUGGGUUUGCCAGAGGUUGGAUGGAUGGCACAACCAGCCGGAUGUUUUCUUGGUUUGGAUAAGAGGGACUUUUCUGGGUUCUGGUUUGUUUUUGAAUGUGAUGUGCAGGGUAAAUUUUAUGUCAGUUUUUAAGUUGUGAAUUCUGAAAGCUUAUAUAUCUGGAACAUUAACAAAAAAGUAGUGAUGGGCGAUUGAAGCUUUAUGAACCAUUUUCUGUAUAUUCUGACCCCACUAGAUGGGGCUCUUGGUUUACUUUGAGCCCUUUUUUAAACAGAGAGCACCAUCUAGUGGUGUCACAGAAUACAGCAAAUGGUUCAUGAUGCUUCGUCUGGUCGUUACAAAAAAGCAAAAAACUUCCAAUGAGGAGAACCUCCCCAGUGUUAGUCUAAAAUGUGAAUGUGCUGUUUAUACAAGGCGAGCUGAUGACCCUUAGGCAGGUUCUGCAUGUGUUCUGAAGAUACGUGGGGGG